AUGCGUAUCAUAUUUCCUGGCCAUUCCUACGACGAAGCAUUGGUGAUGGCGGGUUGCGAAAGAUUAGAUAAUAGACGAAACACAAUCUGCAUAAAAACCUUGAGGAAAAUUAUUAAACAUGGCCCUCGAAAGGAACACGUGCCGCAAACAAGAGCAACUGCUCACCAAUGCAACACCAGGAAUUCAAAUGAUUUAUCAUUAUAUACAAGUGUAGAACAGAACGCUUCAAAAAUAGUUUCUUCCCAAGCACAAUUGCCUAGAUAAAUAAGUAAUUACAAAAAGUAAGCUCUCCAAUCGUUUCCUUAUUCCAUUUAAUGAUAACUUCUAGCUUACUUUCUAGCUUCUUUUUAACUUUCUUAACUUUGUAAACACGUUAUAAUUCAAAACAUAUUUGCGAAAAAAGUGUAACUAAGGCCACAUAAAAUAAAUUCCUUGAUUCUCAUCACCGCCCGACUGUAUUUUAAGAGCCGCGUGAAAUUUUUUUAUAUUUUGUUAUACAAUAUAAAUGUACCGCCCGACAAAAUAUUUCAAUACAGUUAAGUUUUUUAUAUUUAUAAAAUUGGGUUUUUAGUGCCAUUUUAAACUGCCAAUUUCAAACAAAUAGAACCUUGAAAGAAAUUUCAUUGCAUUUUAUGUGACAGUUUGUGACACUUUAUUUAUUGAUAUAUAUAUAUAUAUAUAUAUAUAUAUAUAUAUAUAUAUAUAUAUAUAUAUAUAUAUAUAUAUAUAUAUAUAUAUAUAUAUAUAUAUAUAUAUAUAUAUUAAAUUAUAUAUAUAUUAAAUUAUAUAAAAUAGUAAAAUAUAAAAUAUAAACCUCCCGCCUCUUCGACAUUUUCAAAGUGUAGUGAUGAGAAUCAAGGAAUUUAUUUUAUGUGGCCUAAACCAUCAAUAAUAAUAAUAAUAAUAAUAAUAAUAAUGAAAACUUUAUUGAAUUUUUACGUAUAUAUAUAUACAAUUGUAAAUCUCACUACUGACUUAGGUAAUUUACAAUUGGCUACAUGAAUCACAGAGUACUACAUAUGUACUAUUUACAGUAAAAACAAGAAUAAAAUGGGUACAUGAUUAUAUAUAUUGUUAUAUGUAGUUAUUAAUUUAAAUGUUUAACAAUUCAGGAUUUGUCCACUCUUUGUUUCGACAGCAAAAAAUAUAGUACGUCGCUCUAAUGGCAUAAGACGUCAUCUUUUUUAUGCAGUAAUGUUGCUGCUUUUUAUCCAUUCCUAUAGUAAUAAUAAUAAUAAUAAUAAUAAUAAUAAUAAUAAUAAUAAUAAUAAUAAUAAUAAAGGUAUUCAACACUAGAAAGUAUUCUGAUAGUAUUGUAUUGCCUGCCCCCAAUAAAGUAACAAAAAUAGGCAGUGGCGUAGCCAGCUCGAUAAUUGGGGGGCGUGGCAUAUUUAUAUAUUCGUGUUCUGCAUUAUUAAUUUCUUUUGAAAUUGAUUGUUUUUAAGGUCUGUGAACACAAGUAUAUGAUUAUGGGGCCCCCAAUUAUCGCGCUUACUACGCCACUGAAAAUAGGAAAGUAGCAACCUAAGUUUACUAUUUUCAUUCGUCUUUAUAGGAAACGGCUGCAUUUUGUGGAAUAAGUGCAAUGCCUACUUUUAUCUUUUAUCAAAACAAGGAAAAGGUAAAUAAUCAUUGUAUUUUCAGUUAUUUCUGAAUUACUAAAUACAUAUGACAAUCUUAGGAUAAAUAUUAAUGCCCAGCAUAAAACACGUAAAAGAGCCAUAACAAAAUUAUAAUUUAAAAUAUUUAUUUGAAAGCUAACGUUUCGUCUUUAACUUAAGACAUCUUCGGAGCAAUGACAUACAAAGCGGAAAACACAGAAAUAUGAAUAAAUUACAACUAUUUACAAGUAUUAUAUUACAAAAGUAGAAAGAGGAAUGGAUCAGAGUAGAAGUAGAGGGACCGAGCUGCCCUGUAAGUUGAGAGAGGGUUUCAGUUUGUUAAUGAGAAGACUUUCUCGAAUGAGGAGUUUGUCUGGAGAAGAGCAACAAGAAAUAAUCUUAAAAUCAUUAAGAGAGGCGGAGUGACCAAUGCUAUCAAGAUGGGAAAGGAUACUAGACAUGGUCGGAUUGCUGCUUUUACUGCAUGUUAGAGGAGAAACACCCAAAUGUUCAGAAACUCGUGUGUGCAAGGUGACGGACCGUUUGGCCCAAAUACGUUGCGGAAUAAAUAUUAAAAUAAAUAGUUUAAAUUAUAAUUUUGUUAUGGCUCUUUUACGUGUUUUAUGCUGGGCAUAUUAAUAUUUAUCCUAAGAUUACGAUUUCCGCCUGGUUCAUCUAUCGCAAACAUAUGACAAUGUUCUGACCACAGAAUAUGGAUCUAACCGUUUUGACAUUUUUAUGUAAAGUAAAUUUAUAAUUAAGCAAUCGGGCAAUCUCAUUGCCCAUGCUCAUUAAGCCUAGGUUACACGUGCGAUUUUUUCUCGCGUCGGCAACGCAAAGGGUCAAAUUUCAUUGCGUUUCACUAGAGAAGAAAUCGCACGUGUACCAUGCUCUGCGCGGCAACGCAAUUGUAACUUGAUACCUUCGGCAUUCGUUGCCGAAAGUUAAAAAGACUUUGUCAGCCAGCCAAUGAAAAUCGCUUUAUUCUUGACAAGUGGACUGGCUAGUGAAAAAAUAUUUGGGGGGCACUAAUCCUGUGGUCUAGUAAGAGUUCCCAGUGUAUACACGACUGACGAUACAUGGCGAAAUUAGUUGAUUUCUAAAACUGAUUGUUGCUUUCAUACAGUCACAGAAUAAUGAUACACUUUUAAACGCAUGUUAGGAUCUUUGGGCAGUCUGAGCAAUACUGACAACAUAUGCUUGAAUUUUGUUUCUAUCGAACAGAACCACACUUCACAUUGAUGGUUUUUAGUGUAAAGUCUCACUUUACAUUAUUGUGAUGGUGACGAAAAUUCACACUUAUCAGUCAUUCAUUCAGUCAAUCAGUCAGUCAUUCAUAGAGUAAACUUUCCGGGGGGUGUAUACGAUUUAUGUUCUCAGUGAUUUAUUGUACUUAGUCAGUACUUUGAAAGUUUUUUAGGUAAUUUUAUUUGUCUUAUAAUAGUUUUGUUUGUGGAAACACCACGUAAAUUUAUUACUGCAAAGCUUUCGAUCCGUAAGCCCGGAUCUUCAUCAGUGCUAAUAAUAUUGUGACUUGUUUAAUUCACACGCUCUUUUCAAGCUUACGGAUCGAAAGCUUUGCAGUAAUAAAUUUACGUGGUGUUUCCACAAACAAAACUAUUAUAUAUUUUAUCGCCAUGCAAUCAUACAAAGAAUUCAUUUGUCUUCUUUAAAUAUUCUUUAGGCCUUUUGCCAGGUUUACAAAAAUUUCGAGAAAUCGUUGUCGUUAUUGUAAUUUUUUGUAAAUUUUAGAACAUUCGCUUCUCAUGUUAUGUAAAGGAUCUUUCCCCCGGAACACCCGAUUUUUUCUUUAGCAACGCAAAUGCGCAUGCGCUGUCAAGCCGUAGAUCAACGAUGGCGUGACGAUGCUAUAAAUAUUUUAGACGUGAAUAUAAGUAAAUCUUUGAGAAUGUGCGCAACAUAUAAAUUGAUGUUAUGCAUUAUGGGCAUUCAAUCAAGUAUCGAUAUUAUUUUAUAGACGGUAUAUUCAUUAUACAGAGCUGCAUGGGAAGGAGCUAGACAGUGCUUUUUUCAAAUGUAUAAACAUUUCAGACGUAUUAAAAUAUUGAGAUUCUAGGCAUUCAAUUAAGUGUCGAUAUUGUUUUGACGAUAUAUUCAUUAUACAGAGCUAGGAAGGAGCGGUACAGUUUGUUUUCAAAUAUAUAAACAUUUCAGACAUGAAUAUCGAGAAAAUCUUUGAGAUUCUACAUUCAUCAUACAUCGACUGUAUAAGGUGCUACACAGCUACACCACAGAGUAGAUGGCUACACUCAGUACAAAGUCAAAGAGCGAAAAAUUGCAUCAGUCAGUAUUGACAUCUAAAGUGACAUUAUUAAAUACUUGCGAAAAGCUGAAAAUGACUCAUGAAAAGCAACUUGAUCUUGGGUUGAUCUUGGGAGUAUAAAGUCAGCGGAUUCACGGAGCGGAUGCGGAACGGAUAUGGGGAUAAAAUGCGGAACGGAUAUGGGGAUAAAAUGCGUCAUAAUGAGUUUUUCGCCUCAUUUUUACGUUUUGUGUUUUUGAUUUAGGUUAUUUUGUAAUGGAUGCAACGUCGUAUUAACUAAUUAUACAGCUAUUUCAGUUAAAGAGUACUCAUUGAGACAAUAGUGAAAUGUGCAAUAUGGGCGCUGAAAGGAUGAUGGGAAUAAUCAUAGUUUAAAUAAGUUUAGUAUAUCAGUAGCCUCAUGGGGAUACUUUUAGCGGCAGCUCCCAAUGAAAAAUUAAUGUAGUUUUAGAAUAUACAAAAUUUGGUUAUGGUGAAACAAUUUAAAUUUCGAGUUGUCGCGUGUAGCAUCCCAAUAAAUAAAUAAAUUGUAUCGGUUCCACGAGGCACGUUUCUGAUGUGUUAGACUUGUUUCAAACGUCACGCUACUCGUGUGCCGAACGCAUUAAAAACAAUAGAUAAUGAGAUGAAAUGUCUAUGCUAACUGUUUAUUUCGUAGUGUAAGCCAUCAGCUUUACAAAACAGAAAGUCGUCAUGCCCAAAUAAGAUCUCUUGCAAUUCAACAUUUAAUAAAUAUAGUGGAGUGACAAGGAAUUGAGAGUGAAAUAGUAGGGAGAAAUAAUAGGAAGUGACAAUUAAGGAAUUGGUUAUCUCGUAAAAACGUUGUUCUAAUCCACAUUUUUGAGUAACAUGCCUGCUGUAGCCUAUGCCUGCUGUAGCCUAUGCAUGCUGUAGCCUAUGCAUGCCUGCUGUAGCCUAUGCAUGCAUGCUGUAGCCUAUGCCUGCUGUAGCCUAUGCAUGCUGUAGCCUAUGCCUGCUGUAGCCUACGCAUGCCUGCUGUAGCCUAUGCCUGCUGUAGCCUAGGCCUGAUGUAGCCUAGGCCUGCUCUUGCCGUCACAGGUUGUCGGCGACCCUAUACAAUUCUUGCCGUGUCUUUUUCAAUUUGAAACUUUACAGCAUGCAUGCUGUAGCCUAUGCAUGCUGUAGCCUAUGCAUGCUGUAGCCUAUGCCUGCUGUAGCCUAUGCCUGCUGUAGCCUAGGCCUGAUGUAGCCUAGGCCUGCUCUUGCCGUCACAGGUUGUCGGCGACCCUAUACAAUUCUUGCCGUGUCUUUUUCAAUUUGAAACUUUACACUAUCCUUGGAUCCCUAGUUUAUACUUGUGUCUAAAAUUAAGAAUGUUAAAUUUUGCCAAGAAAUCGUGAAUUUAGUCUCGAUUUGUAAAACCUCUGACUUUGCACUUCUCUUACCCGACGAGAAAAUCAUUGCCGACGUCAUGUUACCACUUGUCUUGCGCCACCCCUACUCUAACCCCUAAUCUCCAACGCAAUUAAACAACUUUAGAGAUUGAUUAAAUGACGUAACGUCAGUUUGGUAGAUGGAAACAAGUGAAAACCAUACAAAUGAUGUGGAGAGUUCACUCUCCCGAGUCUCCACGGAAAGAGCUUAUACCGUCACACAAAAGUGAAACUGAAGACAUUAACUACUCUACACUGGACAUUUACCCAACUGUAAGAACAACAUAAAGAAACAUAUAAAUUGUACUUCCUGACCUCCCAAAAGUGAAAGCGACAACAUAAAAAAAGCUAUAUAUAAAAGUUAAACAAUUGACAGGGUUCGUAGCGGUCUUUGAAAUCCUUGAAAGUCUUUAAAUUUGAAUGUAGGUCUUUAAGGUCUUUGAAAAGUCUUUGAAUGGUGUGAAAAAGCGAAGAAAGUCUUAAAAAUUUUUAAAUUCUUUAGUGAGAAUUUGAUGACGAUUUCCUAGCUGAUAAAAUAGAUUGAAGCAAGAUUUUCGUAAAUAUCGACGAAAAGGUGCAUUUUAGGAUGUGAUUUGACAGACUAAUUACCCGGUAAAAAUGGUGCUAAUACACUAGCAAUUUUUCGACAGUUGAUUGCUCAUAGAUGUCUUGGUACUGUAUGCAUACAUAUAUCCCCUCUCCCGCACUACGAUACAGGCACUUCUGGUUUCCAGGAACCAGACAACGCUGCACAAAUGCACUCCACAAACUGUUUACAGCAAUGGACAGCUAAAGCAAAGCAAAUCACAGCUAUCAUGCAGCCAUUGCUAUCAUGCAUUCAUCGCUAUCAUUGAUAACAAAAAAACAAAACGAAAGGGGUGGGUGGGUGAGUAAAACGUGCAACGUCUUGAUAGGUUGCAGACAAUGUGCUUAAAACAGUGGAAGACUCGCUCAUAGCCUAAAUAACCUUCACACUAUUGGUCGUACACCCACACGUUCGUGCUUGAUGUUAUUGCAUAAAAUAUAUCAUUUAAAUAUACAUUGUAAACAUGAUAAGCCAUUAAUGAUAGGGUAGAGUGGAGGCAGGGCUCAUUAGUAUCUUUUAGUGCCUGCAAGCAAAAUUCAUAACUUCAAAAUGAGCCUGCAAAAAUGCAUCGUAUUUUAAGGCCCUGUCACACUAUUGCGUAUGAGAGAAACGUAUGAGAAGCGUAUGAAAAUUAAUGAAAUAAUUUUCAUACGCACAAAAAUCCUUUGAAAUGCCAGCGUAUGAGUACCGUACAUCUGGCGUACCUCUAGCGUAUUUAGCGUGUGCCUAGAGUAUGCUUAUCGUAUUGUAGCGCCAGCGUAUACCGGCGUAUGAGUGAUAUUUUUCAUACGCUGGCAUACGCUAGUACGAUACGCAAUAGUGUGACAAGGCCUUUAGGUUUUGAGAGCUAACUAUUGUUAAAAUGCCAGUAUUUUAAAAUGUACCUUCACAAAUUCAAAAAAGUGCCUGCGUGCAGCGCUCGCACGGCUUGUACAUUUUAAUGCGUCUGAACAGAGGCAAAGAAAUAUCGUACAGCAGUAGUAUAAGCAGCGGGUGGGCUUAUACACGGGUGGGCUUAUACACGUGUGGGCUUAUACACGGGUGGGCUUAUACACGGGUGGGCUUAUACACGGAUGGGCUUAUACACGGGUGGGCUUAUACACGGGUGGGCUUAUACACGGGUGGGCUUAUACACGGGUCAGGUGGGCUUAUACACGAGUGGGCUUAUACACGGGUGGGCUUAUACACGGGUGGGCUUAUACAAGGGUGGGCUUAUACACGGGUGGGCUUAUACAAGGGUGGGCUUAUACAAGGGUGGGCUUAUACAAGGGUGGGCUUAUACAAGGGUGGGCUUAUACAAGGGUGGGCUUAUACAAGGGUGGGCUUAUACAAGGGUGGGCUUAUACAAGGGUGGGCUUAUACAAGGGUGGGCUUAUACAAGGGUGGGCUUAUGCACAGGUGGGCUUAUGCGCGGAUGGGCUUAUACAGGUGGGCUUAUACACAGGUGGGCUUAUACACGGGUGGGCUUAUACACAGGUGGGCUUAUGCCACAGGUGGGCUUAUACAGGUGAGGCUUAGCCACGCAGGUGGGCUUAUACACGGGUGAGCUUAUACACGGGUGGGCUUAUACACGGUGGAGCUUAUACACAGGUGAGCUUAUACACAGGUGAGCGUAUGCACGGGUGGGCGUAUGCACGGGUGGAGUGUAUACACAGGUGGAGUGUAUACACAGGUGAGCUUAUACACGGGUGAGCUUAUACACAGGUGAGCUUAUACAGAUCAGCUUAUACACGGAUCGGCUUAUACACGGGUCGGCUUAUACACGAAGUGGGCUUAUAAUCAGGUGGGCUUAUAAUCGGGUGGGCUUAUGUCAGGUGGGCUUAUACGGGUGGAGAAGCCACGGAGUCUGACUAUACACAGGUCAGGUGGGCUUAUGCACAGGUGAGCUAUACACAGGUGAGCUUAUACACGGGUGGAAAAAGCCAUACAAGGGUGAGCUUAUACACGGGUGGGCUUAUACAAGGGUGGGCUUAUACACGGGUGGGCUUAUACAAGGGUGGGCUUAUACACGAGUGGGCUUAUACACGGGUGGUCUUAUACAAGGGUGGUCUUAUACAAGGGUGGGCUUAUACAAGGGUGGGCUUAUACAAGGGUGGGCUUAUACAAGGGUGGGCUUAUACAAGGGUGGGCUUAUAAAAGGGUGGGCUUAUACAAGGGUGGGCUUAUAUUCGGAAGUUUACGGUAUGAAGAUCGAGAUUCAAAUCUGAUGUACUGUAGAUAUUAAUGAAAUUUGCUCUUGUUCUCGGUGUCGCUGAAAAAAUAGUUUAAAUCUCUGAUGAUUCUAUAAUAAACCAUAAAUAUAUUUUUUUAAGCCCUUAUAUAGUCUGUCACUCUGCCCCUCCCAGAGCGUAUACAUGCAGUACAUACUUUAGAUUUUAAACCUGCAAACUUUUAAUUUAUUUUUAGAUCGACUCAGUGACUGGAGCAAGUCAAAAGAAACUCGAAGAUACACUCAAAAAGCAUAACAAAUAA